AAAGGCAGAAAAGGGAAAGAAAGAGGAAGAGAGAGAGUGAGAGAGGCUGAGCAGACCCUGAUGGCUACAGAUGAAGUUACAGGAGGGGCUCGCAAAGCUACGAAAAGCAAACUUUUUGAGUUUCUGGUCCAUGGGGUGCGACCUGGGAUGCCAUCAGGAGCUCGAAUGCCCCAUCAGGGGGCUCCCAUGGGUCCCCCAGGUCCCCCAUACGUUGGAAGCCCCUCAGUGCGACCUGGGAUGCCCCAGACUGUGAUGGAAACAACAAGAAAACGCACUGCACCACAGCAGGUCCAGCAACAGCAGGUGCAGCAGCAAGUGCAACAGCAGCAGCAAGCCACUCAGAACCGAACUAGGAGUGCCAAGAGGAGGAAGAUGGCUGACAAAAUUCUCCCUCAGAGGAUCCGGGAGCUGGUUCCUGAGUCCCAAGCCUACAUGGAUCUGUUGGCCUUUGAACGCAAACUAGACCAGACCAUUAUGCGGAAGCGUGUGGAUAUUCAGGAGGCGCUGAAGAGACCAAUGAAGCAAAAGCGGAAACUGAGACUUUACAUCUCCAACACAUUUAAUCCUGCAAAAUCUGAUGCUGAUGACUCUGAUGGCAGCAUUGCUUCAUGGGAGCUGCGAGUGGAGGGGAAACUCCUGGAUGACCUCAGCAAACAAAAACGGAAGUUUUCAUCUUUUUUUAAGAGUUUGGUUAUUGAGCUGGACAAAGAUCUUUAUGGACCUGACAACCAUCUUGUGGAGUGGCACAGAACUCCUACAACCCAGGAAACGGACGGCUUCCAGGUGAAAAGACCUGGUGAUGUCAGUGUGCGGUGCACAUUACUCCUCAUGUUGGACUACCAGCCUCCACAGUUUAAACUGGACCCACGACUAGCCCGUUUGCUGGGGAUACACACACAGACCCGGUCAGCCAUCAUCCAGGCUCUCUGGCAGUACAUCAAAACAAACAAGCUGCAAGACUCCCAUGAUAAAGAAUACAUUAACUGUGACAAGUACUUCCAGCAGAUCUUUGACUGCCCACGGCUAAAGUUUUCUGAAAUUCCUCAGAGACUCACUAACCUGCUGCUGCCACCAGACCCUAUAGUGAUAAACCAUAUAAUCAGUGUUGACCCAAACGAUCAGAAGAAGACAGCUUGUUAUGACAUAGAUGUAGAAGUUGAAGACCCAUUAAAGGGACAGAUGAGUAGUUUUCUUCUCUCAACAGCUAACCAACAGGAGAUUACAGCAUUGGACAACAAGAUUCAUGAGACAAUUGAAUCCAUAAAUCAGCUAAAAAUACAACGUGAUUUCAUGCUGAGUUUCUCCAAAGAUCCCAAGGGAUACAUCCAAGAUCUUCUCCGGUCCCAAAGUAGGGAUCUUAAGGUGAUGACUGAUGUAGUUGGAAACCCAGAGGAAGAACGCAGAGCUGAAUUUUAUCACGAGCCAUGGUCUCAAGAGGCUGUGAGCAGAUAUUUCUACUGCAAGAUCCAGCAGCGCCGGCAGGAACUGGAACAAUCUCUGGGAGUGCGCAACACAUAAGUACUGUUCACAAGAUCCCAUUGGCAUCAUGACCACCAAACCAGUGGACUUCUCAGUGUUACUUAGCUCACUGUUACACAUGGACCUGCUUCCUGACUGGAUGAGAAUGUACCAUCAGCACACCAGUCAGAACACCAGCUUUGAGUGACCCUUGAAAAUCUUGCCCAUGGGGGGUGCCUCAAACAAUUCCAGGCCAGAGACAGCGUCAUACAAGUGUCAGUGUUAAAGAAGAUUAAAGGUUCAUUCAUCAACGCACAUCAUUAAGUUUUAGUGGAAAGUUCAGACACUACACAGCAAAUCCUAAUGGGCUAUGCAUAGAAUUGUGGGUAGCACUGAAGGGGGAGGUUGAGAUAGGUGUUAUAGGAGACUACACAUUUAGAGAAAUAAAUGCAGUUCUCAUCCUAUUUACCUAAGAGUCUCAAAUAGUAACUUCUCUGGAAUUAGACAAGAUAGUCUUUCUUAUAGCUGUGGAAUGCUUUACAUUCCUGAAUAGAUUUUUUACUCCAGGUGGAACAGUACAAGAAGCCAUUUCACCAUGGGAAAGAAGAAACUAGGAGAAUUUUCAUUCCUGGAAUGAAGAGCCCCUCUGGAAGAAAGAAGCAUAGUCAGGACAUCUCUUCUGCAAAUUCUAAUACUUCUUUUUUCCCUUGCCCCUGCAGUGAAAGGUAGACUGAUUUACAUUAUCUGUAGAUGGGUAUGAUCAGUGUGGUGUGUUGAGAGGAAGAGAAUUAUCUGAGGGAUAAGAGCUUCUUAGGCAUCCUUAAUGUCAGUGGUAUUAGCAAAGCUGAGGUUGAAGUAAGUAAUGAGGCAUUCUGAGAAAAUAAAAAUAACUUAAUGGUGCUUUGCUGAUACCUGCCUUGAACACAGCAGAUACUAACAAUAAGCAUAUAUGUAAAAUACAAGGUAUCUUAAAUGUUUCUCUGUGUGCCAGUAAGGAUCUGAACUGAAAAGAAGUUCCCUAAUGGUUAAGUUGGUGCAGAAUCCAAGAAGCUUAACUCCUUAUAAUGUGGCAGUUUUCUCUUUAGUUCAAGAUGUUAACAGGUCUCACAUUUUGAUUAUAGGUGAACUGCCUCUUACUAUGAAUUAUUUGGUUCCCCCAUACAUGAUACAUACUGGUCAUAUAGGAUGCUGUUGAGUUAUAAAGCACUAUCAGCCUUAAAUAGCACAGAGAGCAUAUCACAUCAAAACCAUGUUCUUUGUAAAUGUACAACAAAUUCAGACUAUGGGAAUUUAAACCAUACUUAAUUGGAUGCAGGGACAUCUUCAUUAAAUCCUCCUCUCACUCAUAUUUUGUAGUGCAUAGAUUAGUCCAUAAUUAAUGGUCCAGCAUGAUUUCUAGUGCAAAAAGCAGCUGCCAGAUUGUAACUGUCCAGAUGAUGUGGCACUCAAAAUGCUCUAGGUUACUCCUUUGCAUCUCCUUUCACUUUCUUGGAAAGAUAAUCAAAUUCACAUAUGGUAUGGGAGACAGCUCUUCUGAAAAAUGCACUUUGCUGUAGUAUUGUCCUUCUCUCUUCUGGUAUCUUUGCCAAUUUCUUUCUAUGUCGAAGUCUCUUCUGUCCAGUCACAAAAGAGAUAGUCUUUCACCCCUUCGUUUAAUACCUGCGCUUUCACAUUAAUAGUGCUAUGGCCUUUACUCUGGCCAUUGUGUUCAGAGAUAUCGUGGAAAAUUUACAUUUGAUUGCAGUCAUGAUGGUAGUACCAUCAUGCAGAACCAUUGGUGUGAGAAAAAGCAUAGCUGUACCUCUGUGCCCAAGGCCUUUUACCAGGAAUGGCUUUGUUUGGAACUUUUUUUGUGUUAAAACCUCUUUUUGCAGUAAAAUGUGAAAUCUUGCAGGCUUAAACGGGGUAUGGUGAGGGGCUGUGAGGCUGCUAGACUUGAAAUCUUACUUUCUUUAGGACUCCACUAAUCGGAAUACAAGCAAGCAUUAUGAGGGAAAACAGUGGGGAUCGUCUGCUACUGUGCUUCCAUAUUUAUUAUGCUGCUGUGUCAGUUGUGUGCAUGCUGUCCAGUGUAUAAAACUCUUUUCUGUAUGUGGUAAACAGAGCAGCUACAUUCAGGGGAUGCAUUCAGUCUCAAGGAAUAAGAAAUGCGGAGAAUGAUAUGCAAGGAUGUGAGAAGGGCAUGGGACUGGGAUAGACGCCUACAGGAUGUCUGCCAAGGAAUUUUGUGUUUUGAGAACUUUCCCAUUGAAGUGGCAAGUAUUUGUACAGAGAAAUUUCAGUCAUGUGCCACAGCUGGCAGCAUAAUGGAGUCCAGCCUGCUUUUAGAAUCUCUCUGUUGAAUUAAUUGGAUGGAUCUAUUUCCAAGUCUGUUUCAGAGCAAGCUAAUGAAACUAAUGUGGUACUGCUGCCCAGUGUUCACAACAGCAUCAUUGGAAGGUGGAUUUAUGUAAAGCACCAGUGCUGUACUGAAGUGUGUAUGUAUGCAUGGUGUCCAUGCAUGCACAUGCAUGAGUCAGCCACUGUAGAUGACACUGAGGAUGGCAAUCCAAAAUCUAAAUUCUUAUAUCCCACUGACCAUAUUCCUACUGUAUGUAAAAAGAAUGGUCACCAACAGUGAGUCUUAGGAAGAGCUGUCAGGUGUGUUUCCUUUGAUUAAACUGGGAUUUGAGAUUUUGAUGCUUUUUUCCUGUGUUCAGGUCUUUUACUGAAGAGACACAGAAAUUCUGUCCUCUGUUCCAGGAGUGCAGCCAGGAGCUUGCUUGUUUGCAAAAAGAGAAAUUAUAUUUGAAGAGAAAUAAUGGAGGAAUACUGGGCAUAUGCUUGGGCAUAUGAAAAUGAAAAUGCAGUGGUAGUUGUACUGAACAGGCAUGUAAUUGUGGCAGAUUGUGAAUGAUAAACUCAUUUUAAGUUCA